GGCUAGUAUCCAUGCUAACCAUGCAAACACAAAGCAAGAGUUCUAAGGAUGGGAAAACAGGGGAAGUCGGGGCAUUUGUCCCUAAUGAUACAUGCUAUAGCAAUUUGCCUUGUAGCCACCAGUGUGGUGGCUUAUGAGCCUUAUUCCUAUAAAUCAUCUCCUCCUUUGUUGAAAUCUUCUCCCCCAUAUUAUUAUAAAUCUCCACCACCUCCAUCUUCAUCACCACCUUCACCAAUUCUCUACACAUCUCCACCUCCUCCAAAAAAAUCCCCUCCACCAUCAUAUCAUUACACAUCUCCUCCACCACCAAAGAAAUCCCCUCAUCCACUAUACCACUACAAAUCUCCUCCACCACCAAAGAAAUCCCCUCAUCUACCAUACUAUUACAAGUCUCCUCCUCCACCAUCUCCAUCACCACCACCUCCAUACCACUAUACAUCUCCACCUCCUCCAAAGAAAUCUCCUCCUCCUCCAUACCACUACACUUCACCUCCCCCACCAAAGAAAUCCCCUCAUCCAUCAUACUAUUACAAGUCUCCUCCUCCACCAUCUUCAUACCACUACACAUCUCCACCUCCUCCAAAGAAAUCUCCUCCACCACUAUACCAUUACACAUCUCCUCCACCAUCAAAGAAAUCCCCUCAUCCACUAUACCACUAUAAAUCUCCUCCACCACCAAAGAAAUCCCCUCAUCCACCAUACUAUUACAAGUCUCCUCCUCCACCAUCUUCAUCACCACCACCUUCAUACCACUACACAUCUCCACAUCCUCCAAAGAAAUCUCCCCCUCCUACACACCACUACACUUCACCUCCCCCGCCAAAGAAAUCUCAUCAUCCACCACACUAUUACAAGUCACCUCCUCCACCAUCCCUAUCACCACCACCUCCAUACCACUACACAUCUCCACCUCCUCCAAAGAAAUCUCCUCCUCCUCCAUACCACUACGCCUCACCUCCACCACCUAAAAAGUCUCCCCCUCCACCGUACUAUUACAAGUCUCCACCUCCACCAUCCCCGUCACCACCACCUCCAUACCAAUACACAUCUCCACCUCCUCCAAAGAAAUCCCCUCCUCCUCCAUACCACUACACCUCACCUCCACCACCUAAAAAGUCUCCCCCUCCACCGUACUCUUACAAGUCUCCUCCUCCACCAUCCCCGUCACCACCACCUCCAUACCAAUACACAUCUCCACCUCCUCCAAAGAAAUCCCCUCCUCCUCCAUACCACUACGCCUCACCUCCACCACCUAAAAAGUCUCCCCCUCCACCGUACUAUUAUAAGUCUCCUCCUUCACCAUCCCCGUCACCACCACCUCCAUACCAAUACACAUCUCCACCUCCUCCAAAGAAAUCCCCUCCUCCUCCAUACCACUACGCCUCACCUCCACCACCUAAAAAGGCUCCCCCUCCAUCGUACUCUUACAAGUCUCCUCCUCCACCAUCCCCGUCACCACCACCUCCAUACCAAUACACAUCUCCACCUCCUCCAAAGAAUUCCCCUCCUCCACCUUACUAUUAUAAGUCUCCACCUCCACCAUCUCCCUCACCACCACCUCAAUACCACUACACAUCUCCUCCACCUCCAAAGAGAUCUCCUCCUCCACCAUACCACUACACAUCUCCUCCCCCUCCAAAGAAAUCUCCCCCUCCACACUAUUACAAGUCUCCUCCUCCACCAUCUUCAUCACCACCACCACCAAACUAUUACACAUCACCUCCUCCUUUAGUGAAAUCUUCACCCCCUCCAUACUACUAUACAUCUCCACCACCACCAUCUUCAUCUCCUCCACCACCCUACUACUAUAGAUCUCCACCACCCCCAACUCACUCCCCACCUCCUCCACACAUUUAUGCAUAACCUCUACCGCUGAAACACUUCUAACCUCUUGUAGGGUCUGUUUGAAAGUGUAAGACCAUGAAAUAACUUACCUUUUUUUUAUCUUUCUUUAUUAUUUACAAUCAAAUUUCUAGUUUCGAUUCAAUUUGGUGAAAGGGAUUUUCUCUAUAUAAUAAGGAUUGAGAAUGUGGAUCCAUAGUGAAUUCUUUUGUACAAAGAUGUGCUUGUUGUAUCGUUUCUUUAUAUCGUAUGCAAUGUAAUGGUAGUAAUUAUGUUUGAAAAGAUUAUACUACAUUACAUUUUUUUUUUCUUGGCAGCUUCCAAUUAA